AUGCUAGUCCGGCUACAUAAUGAAGAUGAAACUGCUAAUGCUCAUCGCUUCGUGCAUGUUGACGGCUCUAGCAAGAAGGCAACUCGCAUCCUGUCAGAGAGCACUGCAAACCCCAGCAGGCAUAUCUUCUACCUCGACUCUCAAAUCCUCUGCAAGGAUCACAACGCCUACAUUACCGGCAAUAAUCCCAAUGCGGCCGUGAUGAUCGUUUAUGAUCUUCUUGGCUGGACUUUCCCCAACGUACGCUUGUUAGCAGAUCACUAUGCACGACAAGCUAACGUAACCGUCUACGUACCUGAUUUCUUCGGUGGAUAUGUAGUGCCAUUUGAGCCCGUGCUCGCUGGCAGGUUUGACCUUAUCAACCUCGCAUCCAGCAUGAAGAACAACUCCCGAGAAAUACGUGAACCUGAGAUCUUCGCAUGCGCAAAAGCGUUGCGACAGAAAAGUUAUAAGAAAGUCGGCGCGAUAGGAUUCUGCUAUGGAGGCUGGGCGGUUUUCCGGGUCGCAGUUCCCGUACAGAUUCUGGCACCCGAAAUUGAUCAAUUAUAUACCCCCGAGAUGAAACAGUUUACCUUCGAGACCGUUCCGAAGUUGGGGCUGCCGUUGGAUUAUCAAUAUUUCCCUGGCGUGAAGCAUGGUUCUUUUGUCCGUGACGCUGAGAAACCCGGGGAACGGGAUGCAAUGGUGAGAGCCAAGAAUGCUGCGCGUCGCCGCCAACAUCGCAUCUCCAAUAACGGAGCUUCGACUUCUCCAUCCCUCUCCAACGUCUGUCUGCCAUUGACAACAUCAAUUCAUGGUUACAAUCUUCAAACCACUUCCGGCAUUUCAAUUCAGAUAGGGGUGCUAUGUGGUAUUUAUUGUAACUAUCGCAAGAAAAUCACAAUACCCACACUCCACCACCGCAGUUUAGCAAUGACGACACGCACCAGCAGCACCACACUCCAUGCCCCCAAAACCACAUCGAACACAAGACCCUCAAGGACAAAGCGAUCAAUUGAUGAUUCUCCAAGCUCCCCAGUGCAUCCAUCCAAACGAUCUAAGCUCUCCCCCACCAGCAAUCACAGCCAUAAUAAAAUCAACAGCCCCCGCGCAAAGGGAACACCUAACAGAGCGGAGAUCGGAGACACUGCAGCAACUGCAGAAGUUGAACAUCCUGAGACAAUCACCGUGAAAGAAAAGAGUGUUCAUAUAUUGAAACGUGGCUCGAAAAGAAAAGUGGCUUCGCCUGAGCUUGAAGAGUAUGCUAUCGAGGGAGACGAGGAAGAGGAGAUUGAAAUAAAGGCUAAAAAACAAACGAAAAAGACAAAGGUAAAAGAGGAGGUCACUAUAGAUAUGAGACCGCUCGCUCCCCGAACUGCAAAUCUGCGGAUGUAUGUAGGGGCGCAUAUUAGCGCUGCGAAAGGAGUCCAAAAUGCCGUGACGAACAGUGUGCAUAUCGGUGGCAACGCUUUUGCGCUGUUUCUGAAAUCUCAGAGAAAAUGGGAUAAUCCACCGCUCCAACCGGAACAUCGAGACCAGUUUCGGCAACUUUGUGCAGAACACAAUUACGAUGCCUCAAAACAUGUUCUUCCCCACGGCUCGUAUCUAGUUAAUCUAGCACAAGAGGAUCCAACAAAAGCCACGCAGGCAUACAAUUCUUUUCUUGAUGAUCUGAAGCGCUGCGAAGAGCUUGGUAUCUCCUUAUACAACUUCCACCCUGGUGCAACCAUUCAGACCACUUUGGAGUCUUCACUAUCUCGACUCUCAAAAGCCCUUACGUCCGCCCUAGACGCUACCACCAAAGUCAUCCUGGUUCUAGAAACAAUGUGUGGACAUGGAACCACGAUUGGCGGUUCCCUGUCGGACUUCAAGAGCCUCCUUUCUCUAAUUCCAGACAGCUACCACGCUCGCAUCGGAAUAUGCGUGGAUACAUGUCAUAGUUUCGCUGCAGGAUACGACCUCCGUAGCCCUGGUGCUUGGAAUAAGUUUAUGAAAGAAUUCGACGAAGAAAUAGGCCUGAAAUUCCUACGGGCUCUCCAUCUGAAUGAUUCCAAAACUCCACUGGGUAGUCGACGAGAUUUACACGCCAAUAUCGGGACCGGGUUCCUAGGCCUCAGGGCUUUUCAUAACGUGAUGAAUGAAAAGAGAUUGGAGGGCAUUCCGAUGAUAUUGGAAACCCCUAUUGACCGGCCUGCUAACAUUGAAGCCGAGACCGCCAGUGGACAACCUGGUAACAAAUUUGGAGUAUGUAAGGAGGAUCAUUCAAUCCCAACGCCUACCACCAAGAAAACCGGUGGUGCUAAAAAGGGGCCUGCUAGAAAACAAAAGCCCAGCAAACCCGCUAUGAUUGAGGAUAAAUCCGUAUGGGCGAAGGAGAUAAAACUUCUCGAAUCUCUGAUUGGGAUGGAUGUCGAAAGUAAAGAAUUCCUUAGACUGGAGGCCGAAUUGGCAGAGCAAGGGAGGGAGGAAAGAGAGAAGCACCAGGCGAUGUUUGAUAAGAAACAGGAAAAGGAGUCGAAGCAAAGGGAUCUGAGAGAUAUGUUUGGUGCAAACGGAAAGGGAAAGGGCAAAGGGAAAGCUAACACCACGGGAGCUAGGAAACGGAAGAAGACGGUCAAUAUGGAGAGUUCUGAUGACUCGGAUUAA